GGAGAAAUGGCGUGGAACUUCCCUUGAGGGCCAGAAGUGACCUUUUACAGACCAUUAACCACUCAGCAGAGAGGACACAAGGCACAAAGCCCUGGGCAAGAGUGUUCAGAGCCACUUGCUCCAGAACGCUGAAGGCAAAGCCUCCCAAGUUAUCAUUUAAAUAACAUGCAGAUGCUCCCCAACUUGGAAGAGUAAAUUUGAAAGACACCGCUCCCUGAUGAGGCGUAAAGGGAACUUAUUCCCCUGAGGCCAUGCCAACAACACAGAAAACCUUGAUGUUCUUGUCCGGCUUUCUCACAAGCCUGGGGGCCGUCAUUGUAAUCUGCUCCAUUCUCGGGACCCAAGCGUGGAUCACCAGUACAAUUGGCAUCACAGACUCUAUCUCCAACGGCAGCGUCACCAUCACCUAUGGUCUCUUUCGUGGUAGGAGCACUCAAGAAAUCGAUCAAGGACUUAAAGAACCAGACAAAGAUUUUGAAGUUUUAGGGAUAUUGAACAAUUCUUCCCAAAAGACUCUGCAUUUGUUGGCAAUCCUGUUCCUGGUCCUCAGCUUCUGCACUUCGCUGCUGAGUUCCGGGUUUACCUUCUACAACAGCGUCAGCAACCCCUACCAGACGUUCCUGGGCCCGAUGGGGGUGUACACCUGGAAUGGACUCAGCGCAUCCUUCAUUUUCCUGACCAUGGUGCUGUUUGUGGGGAACACACAGUCCAAUCACCUCUCCGGGGACUUGCUGGAGGAGCUUUAUCCGACAGUCACUAGCAGAGGAACGACCCACAGCUACGGAUACUCGUUUUGGCUCAUCCUGCUUGUCAUUCUUCUCAAUAUGGUCACCGUGGUCAUCAUCGUUUUCUACCAGAAGGCCAGAUACCAGCAGAAGCAGGAGCAGAGAAAGCCAAUGGAGUAUGCUCCCAGGGACGGAAUCUUAUUCUGAAUUCUGUUUCCUGUCGCUUUGGCGUUGUGUCUGCUCUGGUGGAUGUCAGCUCCCUGAGCAGUCGCAGCUUAGCUUCUCUGGACAAUCAGUAUGGACAGGUGACUGUCAUCUGUGAUGACUCUUCUCUCCCCAGACACUGUGUUCCUCACAGAGACUGUCCCCUUGGAAGGGGCGUCCUGCAGGCUGGGGAAGAGGAGUGGGGAAGGACGCUGUCUAGGGCACUCACUGCAGCAGGGCCUCGGAAGCCAGCAGCCCUCCGGCUGAAACCAUAAAGCUUCCGCCAUUCCCUCUGACUAGCUGGGAGCACGUUAGCACCUGUCAUCUCUGGUCCACAGGAGGGAGCAGGUGUUUUCAUUCUGCUCCCAAAAUAAAGACUCCCAGGUAUAGAGAGCUUCAGAACCUAUCUUUCCAGAUCCAGGGGUUGGAGGCAAAAGACUCAGGAGGAAGUGGCCUGGGUUUCUGGUUUGGUGUAACCCAAUCCCAGUGGUGGGUACAAGAACUGAUAAGUGAUCCUCAAACCUAUUCUUGAGGUUCCAAGGUAUGGUUUUGGGUGGGAAGAGAUUAGAAGUGAAAGUAGGGGAGAAUAAAAAUUAUAGCCAUUUGUUCUUUUUGUUAAAGAGGAUAAGUAAUAUAAUUUUGGUUUAAUGGGAUUGUGGUAAAUUCAGUCAAAAUAGAAACGAAACAUCUGAGCAAAUUCUACUGCCACCCCAUGAACCAACCUUCUGCUUAGUUCCUGCUGGACAGAUGGGGGUGCCACCCAUCAGCACCCUACUUCCUAGCCAGAAGUGGAGGGAGAAGCGGGUCAGAACACCAUGCAUGCUGUUCCCUGAGCAAGGGACCAGGAUACACAGGAGCUCAGGGGCUGGGAAGCCCUCCAAGAACAGGUUGGGUGGAACUGGUUUGUAAUUUCCCAAGAAGACAGUUGGGCAACCAGGGAAAUAGAAGUAAGUCACCUCCUUGCCAGUAGGAUCAUUUCCCAAAAACCACUUGAGCCUGGCUAUUCCACAGGCUGCCAGUUUGAACGCCAAUAGGGCUGUGAACUAAUCACCAUCCGUGUCUUGGUGGCACCAGGGCUGAGAAGAGCAGAUUCGCUGGCGCAGUGUGCCAAGCAGCCGCUUUAGACAGAAGGCCCGUCAUUCACCAAGCUCGCCAGGGUGAACAGCCUCCUCUUAUUAUUUUCAACGCUCUGUCUUACAAACAUGCCCUGGGUACCUGGGAUGAGGCUGGUGCUGUGCUGACCUGAGUAUCUGCCCCCAUGGACUUACUGUCCAGCACUCGAGUCUGAGGUGAAAAGCCACUGCUCGAUUCCACGUGAAACAGGUCCUCAGCCACAAAGUCAUCCUCGUUCUUUGAAAUGUCUCUUCUCUCUAACUGCCUACCCUGACGUCCUGCUAGCUCAAAGUCACUCUAAUCUAUUAACCAAUUAUAAAAUUUGGAACGUAUUCUUAAAAAUCUGAUCUUCCAUGGUAAAAAAUGUUCUCCGUUCCUUAAGCCCAGAAGCAUUUGUAUUCCUUGAAGGUUUGGGUUUUACAUCAGGUCUUGAUGAUGUAGAUGGAGAUGAAGAGGAAAGGGACACAGGCGACAGGCUCUGCAAAUGAUCGCCAAGUAGACAGGCGCUCACCUGCUGCCCGUGCCAGCAGCACUGAGUGGCGGAAUCCGCCCCCGCUUACUGAUCUCAGCAGAGCUGCUGGUCUUGGAUUCCUGACGUGCCCCAUGCAGCGGGGAGGGAGCUGCGGAUCGGCAGGAGCACCGGUCCCACCCCUGCUCCUCGCUGCUCCCUGCUGCCUGUCCUCCUGCUGCCCAAAGAUACCGAACAAGACUUACAGCAUCAGUCAGAAUUUCAGACAAGUCCUGGCUUUAAAAGAAGAGGAUCUGGAUCUGUGGUAAACUUCAGAAUGAAAGUUUCAUUUUCAAAAAGCUUAAAUGUUUAGUAAAAAAGAAAAACAUAUGUAGGAAUGCAUCACAUUUCAUAAUUGUUCAUUUUAAGCAAGCUACUUUAAAACAAGAGCAGUCCUGUUUUAGAUCCCUUCCUGCCAACAGGAGGGUAAACUUCUAAUUUUAUUUUUUGCAUUUCAUUAUUAUUAUUAUAGCUGUAUGGUUAUACAUAUUAGUUGGAUAGCCUUCUAAUUUUUAACCUUGGCCCCAGUAGAAAGACCACUCCCCUGGCUCUCUGGAAGCACACACACUUCAACCAAACACUGGGCCUCUGUCCAUCACUGCCCCUACAGGGGCCACACGGCUGGGGCCAAUGACCUGACAAGGCCUGGGUGUGUAUGAGAGGACUGCAGUAAAUGUCUAAGCACUAGACUUUGGCCCCAGUAGUUACCCCAAGCACACGUCAUUUUGAGUGACUAAGUGCGCGGAUUCUUGCAGUGUUUAAACAGGUCAACAUUCACCCUUUGAUUAAAAACGUAACCGAUUGCACUAGUCCCUGAAAACUGCAUAUUGUCUUCCCUGGCUUCCUAAGUGGUCCGUGGAUUUAAAAUAGUCUGCCCUCUUUCUGAGGACCGCAUUACAAUCUCAACCAGGAAUCACUACGCUGGUGACAGUUGAUAUAGAGAAGAGAGUGUGCACUGUGUCGAGAGACCGAGGCCCAGUGACAACCAGGGGACAACCUGCUGCCUGUAAGAUAGAGCACGGGGGCCAGGGUCUCAGCAGUGUGUACCAUUGCAUGGGGCUUGUGAAACAGUCGGAUAGGUGACGCUGAGUCCACGUAGCCAGACCGCGUGGGAAGUAGAUUACUGGGAGCUGUGGGGCAUCCCCAAGGAAACCCAGACCACUGGGGACAACCUCCUGCAACAGAGGUGGCCUUAGCUCUACCAAAGACUCUGUGACCUGAGCAAGGACUGAAACAACCUUAGAAAUGACCCAAAAGAACCACUGGUCACAGGGAAGUAGAGGAAGCCCAUGGUUCCCUUGAGCUGCUUCCUCGUCUGAAAAAUAAAACCAAUAAAAGGGUAGACGACUUACGAAGCUCAGUUUCCUUUCCUUUUAAUUUCAUAGGGUUUGUUUUUAAGAAACAUUUCCAUAAACACCAGAUGUGACAGUCCCGUUUCCAAGCACACAGGUGUAGGGAGCCACUGUCUUCGGAACACUCCCGUGGAGCCCUGCUACUCCACGCCCGGCUGCGACGGGGACCGUGCGCUGUGUAAUGGUGUUGAAACACGCAUGCCUGCGCUUCCCCACAAAACCCAGGGAGUGAUGAGCGAAGACGGCCACGGGGUGUCUUCAGCAGGAUGCGAAAAAUGCAUUCCAUGUUCCAGAACAAGAAUCCUUUAAUUUCCAGACUUUAAUCCUUUAGUUUCCAGACUUCUCCCUCGUUUCCCACUUACGCCAUGGACUGAAUCACCCCUCCAUUCACGUGCUGAAGCCCUGGCCACGGGUGGAUGCAGUGAGAAGCAGCCACUAGCAAGACAAGGAGACAGUGACCAGAAAACCAUCUGCACCAUCACCUUGGUCUUGGACUUGGAGCCUCAGAACUGUGAGAAGAUGAACGUUGUUUAAGGCCUCCACUCCGUGGCUUUGUCAUGGUGACCCUGACAGACCAACACACCUACACUAAGUGCCCACAGAGCCUGUGGCCAUUCUGGCAGCCACUCAGGACCUGGGAUCUCCCUGGCUUUGUGCUGAGAAUUCCAGCACGCUCCCUGCUCUAAAUGCAGCGUCUCUGGAAGUUUCAUAGCUGUGCUCUGACCCAGGUCAACCGAUGCCAAGCCAGGUGACACAGCACCACCUCCGGGGUCAUGGUGGAAAGGUUGUUCUUCCAGCCUAGAUCUGUCCAGCUUAAGGCCGCUGUGAAGAUCCUGCAGUCAGGAAUGUGCUCAGUCCAACAUAACCUCGUAGAGAAUGGUGACAACCAGGUAGAGGAGGCAUGGCCUUUUUUUAAAAGGUGUUGUUUGUUUGUUUAUUUUUGGAGCAGCUUUGAGUUCACAGAAAAACCGAGAGGAAGGUACAGAGAUUUCCCACGUACUCCCUGUGCCCACACAGCUUCCCCACCAUCACCAGCUGUCACACUGUGACAGUGCUGAACCUACUUGACAUAAUAGUCACACUCGCUGAAGCUCCUAGGUUACCUUAGGGUCCAUGCUUUGCUUUUCCAGAGGGUCUUGGUCUGGUUACAUUUAAGGUCUCAAAACUUCUGGUCUCAUGAUUGUUUUUCACGCUUAAAAAUGAUCGAAGGUUCUAAAGAACUUUGUUUUUGUGGAUUGUAUCUAUCAAUAUUUAACAUAGUAGAAUAGUAAGCCUUUUACACAUGACUUUAAGUAAGCUACUUUAAUGAAAAGUAACUAUAUAUUUUAAUACAGAAAAUAAUUUAGCGAAAAGAGUGGCAUUCUUUUACUUUUGGGGGGCCAGGGGAAUUCCUUUAAUAUCUGACUUAAGAGAACAUAGCUGGAUUCUCAAUCUGCUUUUGUCUUUAAUCUGUCCUGAUCAGUUAUCUUGAUUGAAGAAAACCCAGCCUUGUAUACAGAUGCAGUCAGAAGAGAGAGGCAUACUUUUUAGGUAACCAUGGAUAUUCUUCUUGGUACUACACCAAAACUUGUCAAGUGGAGUUACUUAGAAUUCAGGUACAAUGUGGAAGCU